AUAAUAAUUUGACUUAUUGUUAUGGUGAUUUGAUAAUGUUGGUUCUUUCUUUCUAGUUGAAGAGAUGAAAAACAGUAUCCUAAAUUGAUAGAUUUUCAACUACCUAGUUUCUCUCUUUACCACUCACUCUAACUACUUUCUAUUUCUAUUCUGUCGCUCCUAAUUCAAUGGAUUUUCUUCACCCAUUCUUGACUUCCCCAAACCUCUCCUAGGUAAGGUGACCAUGAUCUUUCCAAUAGUUGAAUUGGGGGAAUCGAUUAGAAUUAUUAAACAUUUUCCCUUCAAGGCAUGACUCUCCGACCACGCCUCACUUCUAGACGAAAAUUUCCCAAAAAGUUCCUUUGUAUCUUACUUUUGUUACUUGUGGCAAUUUGUGUAAUAGGAAUUUUUAUCCACGGCCAAAAGGUUUCCUAUUUCUUCCGACCACUUUGGGACAACCCCCCUGCCCCCUUUACAAGCAUACCUCACUAUUAUGCCGAAAAUGUCUCUAUGGACCACCUUUGCCACCUUCAUGGCUGGUCCCUUCGCUCCCAACCCCGCCGCAUUUACGAUGCAAUUAUCUUCAGCAAUGAGUUAGACUUGCUAGAGAUUAGAUGGCAUGAACUUUAUCCAUACGUGUCAAAAUUUGUGAUCCUCGAGUCCAAUACCACAUUCACAGGCAUUCCAAAACCUCUUUUCUUUGCCAUAAACCAGGAAAGAUUUGCAUUUGCAAAACAAAAAGUUGUCCAUGACUUGUAUCCCGGUCGAGUUGCAGUCCAUGGAUCAAAUGAGGACCCGUUUGUGCUCGAAUCAAGACAACGCGGGGCCAUGAAUACACUGUUACGCCGUGCUGGGAUUUCCAACGGUGAUAUUCUUCUAAUGUCGGAUACUGAUGAGAUUCCAAGUCCUCAUACUUUGAAACUUCUUCAGUGGUGUGAUGGAAUUCCUCCCAUAAUGCAUCUUGAGUUGAGAAACUACAUGUAUUCAUUCGAGUUCCCUGUGGACUACAGCAGCUGGCGAGCCACAGCCCAUGUCUACGGUCCCCGGUCUAAUUACCGGCAUUCGCGCCAGACCGAUGUAAUCUUCUCAGACGCAGGAUGGCAUUGUAGUUUUUGCUUUCGGUAUAUUUCAGAGUUUGUUUUCAAAAUGACUGCUUAUAGCCACGCAGACCGUGUGAAACGGAGAUCUUUCCUUAGUCAUUCAAGAAUUCAAGACCUUAUUUGCAAGGGAGAUGAUCUUUUUGACAUGCUGCCUGAAGAAUACUCGUUUCAGGAGUUGAUUAAAAAGAUGGGGUCAAUACCUCGUUCAGCUUCUGCGGUUCAUCUUCCUGCUUACUUGAUAGAAAAUGCAGAUAAAUUUAAGUUCCUUCUUCCUGGAGGAUGUUUAAGAAAACCAGAAUGAGUGUUUUUUGUAUUAUAUUUUUUUAGCUUUUAGCACGGUAACACUUAGCUUAGUUUUCUCCAUUCUAGCUUCAGCAUAUAGAACUUUAGCUUUUAUCAUUUUGUACAUGAAGCAGCAGGUAUAAAUUGCAAGAAAUAACAGUUUUGAUAGCAGUAAAACUCAUCCCCUA